GUUGGUGCCGUCCGGGCCGGUCACGUGGGCGAGAAGAUGGCGGCGCCCGGAGCGCGCGGCGAGCGUCGCGGUUGGUGAAACGCCGGUGGCGGCGGAGGAAGCGGGCGGGCUCGGCCUACCUGGGCUUCCGGCGGGUCGCUCGGGCUUUCUGGCCGCAGAGAGCGCGGUCCUUGUGCCCCUGAGCCCCCAGCUCCGGCCCAGGCGAGGCUGUGAGGACCAGCCGGCGGCACCAUGGUCACGGAGCAGGAGGUGGAGGCGGUGGGGCGCGCGCUGGCGGACCCCCGGCAGCCCCUGCACGCCCGCUUCCGGGCCCUCUUCACCCUCCGCGGGCUCGGCGGCCCGGGAGCCAUCACCUGGAUCAGCAAGGCCUUCGGCGACGACUCUGCCCUGCUCAAGCACGAGCUGGCCUACUGCCUGGGCCAGAUGCAGGACCCCCGGGCCAUCCCCGUGCUCCUGGACGUGCUGCGGGACGCCCGCCAGGAGCCCAUGGUGCGCCACGAGGCAGGGGAGGCCCUGGGGGCCAUCGGGAACCCGGAAGUCCUGGAGGUCCUGAAGCAGUUCUCCGCUGACCCCGUCAUCGAGGUGGCUGAGACGUGCCAGCUGGCCGUCCGGCGGCUGGAGUGGCUGCAGCAGCACGGCGGGGAGCCCGCGGGGGCAGGGCCCUACCAGUCGGUGGACCCGGCCCCUGCGGCCGAGGAGCGCGACGUGGGGCAGCUGCGCGCCGCGCUGCUGGACGAGGCCCGGCCGCUGUUCGACCGCUACCGCGCCAUGUUCGCCCUGCGCAACGCG